AUGGUCAUGUUAAGGGAGUUUCGAAUUAUUCUGCCUGUAUCGGUAGAAGAGUACCAAGUCGGUCAACUAUACGCUGUUGCAAUGAUGAGUAAGAACGAAACUGGAGGUGGUGAAGGCGUUGAGAUUUUGGUCAAUGAACCAUUCGAGAAUGAUGAGCUAGGAAAGGGCCAAUAUACGCAUAAAAUAUAUCAUCUUGCUAAAAAAGUACCUAGAUUUAUUCAAAUGUUAGCUCCUCGAGGCUCUAUGGAGAUGCAUGAGAAAGCCUGGAAUGCUUAUCCUUACUGUAGAACAAGUUUCGUUUUAAAAAUUGAAACUUGGCAUAAGCCUGAUAAAGGCGAAAUAGCUAAUGUCCAUAACUUACCCCCUGAUCUACUUGCUAAACGUGACGUUGUUCAUAUUGACAUUGGAAAUGAUCCUGUCUCGAAUUAUAAUCCAAAUGAAGACCCUUCGAAGUUUAAAUCUACUAAAACUGGUAGGGGCCUAUUAACUGGUGAUUGGCAGAAAAAUAUUAACCCAUAUAUGUGUGCCUAUAAGCUUGUGACUAUUGAGUUUGUAUGGUGGGGAUUGCAGACUCGUGUCGAAAGCUUUACCUUAAAGGCUGAAAGGCGACUUUUCCUUAACUUUAACCGCCAGUUAUUCUGCACACUUGAUGAAUGGUAUGGCAUGACUAUGGAGGAUAUAAGAGAAUUAGAAAGUAAAAUAAAAGAUGAACUGAAUGAGCCCUAUUUUGAAUUUUAUUACGUUAUCAGUCAAAAAGUAGCCAGACCUAGCGGGGUCGUAGGGCUCUAUCUACACUUCAAGAACUGCUUCAGAUCUGGAGGAAAGGCUUAUAAUACGCCUUAG